AUUCAUCAGUGUUUGUCCAGCAAACUAAACAGAGAGCUAUUGAAAAGAAACAAUUCUUGAAAACAAAACAGAAAAUAGGGCUUGUAACGCCUCCUCCUCCUCCUAGGAUAUUCCUGCAAUUGAAUACAUUCACUUUCUACAAGUGGUAUUGCAAGCAAAGAAAGAGAGAUGAACAUCCUAAUUCUUGUCUCAUCCCAAAGUCUCAGGGCAUCUGAAUAAUUGACCAAGUUUUAAAAAAAUAAACAAGAAGAAGGGUUGGAAUUCACACACUGUUUCAUCUACUUUGGAUUUUAUAAUUCACUGAAAAAUCCUGCAGGAAGGAUGAAUAUGAAUCUCAGAAGAUGGCUGGCCUUAGUACUCAUGGUACCACUGCUUUUCAUCUUUACAGAGUCUAAAAAUAUUAUGAAAAAUCAAGAAUGUGCUGAUUUCCAAUCUGCACAUUUACUAUGGGGUACAAAUCUCCAAGUUCGGUUUCUUCUGUUUCCCUUUUCCAAUCCCAGCUGUGGACGGCUGCUUUCACAACAGGAGGACAUCCAGGAGGUUGGAUUCAAUGCCAGCUUGGGAACUAAAAUAAUCAUUCAUGGUUUCAGGGCACUAGGCACCAAACCGUCAUGGAUAGAUGCACUGAUUCAAGCCUUCCUAGAGGUAGCCAAAGUCAAUGUGAUUGCUGUAGACUGGGUUCAGGGAGCCACAGCAGCCUAUCCUACUGCAGUGGAAAAUGUUAUGAAAUUGGGACUGGAAAUUUCUAGUUUUAUCCGCAAGCUACUGGCUACGGGGGUGCCAGAAUCAUCCAUCCAUCUUAUUGGGGUAAGCCUUGGAGCACAUGUUGGGGGCCUGGUGGGCCAAUUCUAUGAAGGCCACCUUGGAAGAAUUACUGCUCUGGAUCCAGCGGGGCCAAAAUACACAAGAGCCAGCCCUGAGGAGCGUCUGGAUCCUGGGGAUGCUCUCUUUGUAGAAGCCAUUCACACAGAUUCAGAUAAUUUUGGUAUCCAAAUACCCGUGGGGCACAUUGAUUACUAUCUUAAUGGAGGGAAAGAUCAGCCUGGAUGUCCCCGUUUCAUAUUAUCUGGCUACAAGUACCUGAUCUGUGACCAUCUAAGGGCUGUGCAUUUCUACAUCAGUGUCUUGAAAGAUUCCUGCCUAGUGAUGGCUUUUCCUUGUUCCAGUUAUAAGAAUUUCUUAGCUGGUCACUGUUUAGAUUGCUUCAAUCCUUUCUUGCUCUCCUGUCCCACAAUUGGACUUUUGGACAAUGGAGGACUCAACAUGAAAACGUUACCUAGAGAAGUUAAAGUUUAUUUGGCCACAGCUGCAUCAGCCCCAUACUGUGUACACCAUACACUUGUGGAGUUCCACUUGCAACAGAGGAGAACUUCAGAUACCAAUAUUGAGAUAAUCUUUCUUACUAGCAACUCCUCAGCUAGCACCAGCUUCAUCAUACCCAAGCAACAAAUGCUGGGCAAAGGCUUGCUGAUUCACUCCGCUCCACUAUGCCAGAUAGAAAGUGUGAUGUUGCAGCAGCGUCACAAGUUUUGGAAGAGGAACAAAGAUGAGCCACCUAUUGUUGGGCACUUUUGCACUGCCCCUCUGCCUGUGGAUAAAAAUGAGAAGAUGAUGUGCUUGCCCCAAGCACUGACUAUUACAAGCAAUAACCCUCUUCUUCAGAAUCUCAGCAUUCAGUGUGAUUAGCACAGUUUUCUCUUCUGGACACAGAUAUUAUAACAGGGUUGUAACUUUGAAGGUAGAUUUUAAUUUUAAAAUCAAAUGCGUGGCACUGAAUUUUUUAAAUGUGUUUUCUGUCACAGAAUACUUGCUUCACUUCAACUGCUAAUAAUUUAAGCCUGUUUUUAGCAAAAAUUAAAUAGCUUUAUAACCAUGAUGAAAAUAAUUACAAUGUACAUAAAACGAACAGCACCUAAUUGAACAGGACCUAUUACUAAUAAAUCUGGAGUGAAAAUAAGUAGAUUCUGCCAGAAACUCACUAUACAUGGUGCUAAUUAUUUGACAGUAUAUAUUACUGUCCAUUGUAAAUGCAGUUCUCCAAUUAGAAGGAAACAUAUGGCAUGUUUGCUUGAUGUACUUUCAGGAGUGGAAGACCAUUAUCAAGGAAGGGAGCAUUUCAUGAAUUUCUCUUCUACUGCUUAUCACCAUUAGCAUAUUCAACUCAAUUUUCUCACCCACUAGAUAAAGACUUUACACAAUACAAGAGAAACAUUUUUCAUUUGUAUCCCAAGCAGUAUUUUGCAGUAAAUGUAAGCAAAAUUCUACCACUUAGUAUGAAAUCUUUGCUCAAGACAACUGGCAUGUUAAAAAUAUAAAAAUUUCUGGGUCAUAUUACCUAAUUCAAAACAGGAAAAACAUAGAAGAUGGACAUCUACAUGUUUUAUCUGAUCUUCACUUCUGUGGGAAAGUAUCCAUAACAUCUUCCUUCUGUCUCAGCAAAAUUGUCCAGUGUUAAAACAAAGACAGUAACAGUAACUGAUUACCAAAUUUGGCAUCACUAUUUUAAUUUUAUUUUUAAAUAUGUUUUUGUGGGUUUUAAAAGCAACACCUCCGAACUGUUAACAGUAGAACCUUUGCCUCUCAUUAAUAAUGUAUAAAAUAAAGUUUUGAUUUAACUUUCCAUUCACUUGGGCUUCCUAAAGUCACUUUGUAAGUCUUUUCAUCACACCAGGUCUUUCCGAAGAGAACUUAAUGUCACUGGGGACAAUGCUAUUGAAAAGCAACCAUUUCUGUCAUGCAAGUUGGGUGAAUUAUUGAAACUAAUAGUGGUGUAUACUUUAUGCUUCAUCCUCUCAAUUCAUUGCAUCCCUACAGUUGAUAUAUUAUCCUACGCAGGAAGAAGGAAGACAGUGUUGCUAUAUUAAUUUAUAUGCUGAUUUUCUCUCCAUAAGUUAUUCAAAGCAGCUAAAGUAACAAUUAAAAGCCAACACUUAAAAUAUUAUAAAUCACUAUAUAGAUCACUAUAAACUAGCCCAAAUUGGAAAUGGAUGUAUUGACCUUUUCUGAAGACCAAUUGGGAGCAAAAGGAAAGCCUUUAAAAUAGAGGCCUUUAAAUGUGCCUAAUAAAUAGAGCUUGGAAAGUAGGUGCAUCUUCAAGAGAAUUUCUCCAGUUGACAUUACUUUCUCCGUUGAUUCAUCCUGUGGUCCCUAGGUAGUUAAGUUGUGAACUGUUUAAAGUUUAAAGUCAAAUCCUUAAACUUUACCCUGAAAGUGCAGAUCUUGCAUUACAGUUAUAAUAUGUAAGUAGUAUUAUACAACAGAUGGCAGCCUAUUUGUUGCAUGUUAUAUCAACUGAAUCUUCCAGGUAGCUACUCUCAAGCUGGGGGUUGAAAGUUAAAUAUUUAAGUUCUGUGUUAUUGUGGGAUGCCUUUGUGAAGAAUAUAGCUUUAGUGAGAAGAAUGACUCCUCAUAUUGGCAAGCAUUCUGAUAGCCAAAAUGUAAGGAACAAAUGAAAGAUUGUUUUCUUCCUUCUUUGAUUUGUGAAAGAAGAGAACAUCCAUCAUGUUCCAUCAAUUAAUUAUACCAUCACAAUUCCAAGACAUGUAAUAUAUUUAACAUAUAUCAAGUGUUCAAGAACAUCCAGGUGCCAGAGCAGAUUAAUAAACUCUGGAAAACAUCCCAUCACUGCCUCUCUGUUCUAUGCAUAUCUUUCAUGGUGCAUCAUAUGGACAGAAAUUUUAUAUAUGUUUUGACACACAAAUAGUGAAGUCUAUCCUGAUUGGUGAUCAGUGAUCUUAUUGCUUCAUGCAGGUCUUGGAUUCCCAAUAGCUGUUCUCUAGAGUUCUGGGGUCUGAGUUGGAGCCAGAGGGGCUCGUCCUUUUGCAAGGGCAGGAUGAUUAGUCCUCAGGUGGUUUCCCAAAGCUGUGUGAAAGAAAAUCCAUCAUUAUUAUAAGAAGUAGCUUAUACCUAUAUGUCCAGUUUUAAAGGAAACAACUCCAUUGCCCAAG